AUGAUUGCUGUUAGAACUGAGACAGUUUUUCAUGUUUAUAUCCUUAGGCUAGAGAAGAUGGGGGCAUUAGAUGUGAGUAAAGUGGUCCACAGACACCAAGGAUGGCGCCUUAUCACUUGCAUCUGGCUACAUGCCGGAGUUUUACAUUUACUUGCCAAUAUGUUGAGUCUUUUAGUCAUUGGCAUUCGACUUGAGCAAGAAUUUGGUUUUGUGCGGAUCGGGCUGCUGUAUCUGAUCUCUGGUUUUGGUGGGAGUUUGUUGUCAGCGCUCUUUAUCCAAUCUAGUAUCUCAGUUGGUGCUUCUGGUGCACUUUUUGGAUUACUAGGAGGCAUGCUUUCUGAACUCAUUACUAAUUGGACCAUGUACGUUAACAAGGUGGCUGCAUUAUUGACCCUUGUGGUCAUCAUUGUAAUUCAAUCUGGCUGUGGGGAUCCUCCCACAUGUGGACAACUUCGCUCACAUUGGUGGCUUUCUCUCUGGUUUUCUUCUUGGCUUUUUGUUCUUGAUCAAGCCUCAGUUUGGAUGGAAGAAGUGAUACCGAUUCUUAACAGGUUUACUUUUGGCCUGGUGCUGCUGCUCCAUGGUUAUGAUGCAAACGAUCACUGCUCUUGGUGCCACUAUUUGAGUUGUGUUCCCACUUCAAGGUGGAAGUGUGGUGCAAAGUCUAUCUUCUGCUUGGUAAGUGGCAGUGACAACUGA